ACACCUUUUCUGUUUCUCAUCGUCUCUCGUCCAAUCCAACUGAAGCCAAUCACCACCACCGUCUCACCCAUUUCAGCUGCUGCACAGUGCCACACUAUAUAACAAAACCACCGAGAGCCGCCCAAACCCAAGGGGCAGCACCGACCGACGCGUCGACCCCCACAUCCACCAACCCUCGCACAAAAUGGGUCUUGUAAGUUCGCUGGGACAAUAUUCCCUCUUCGGAGACUCCUUCGCUGGAAUCCUCGCCUCCCUUCUCGUCGCGUUCGUCAUCGGAAAUGUCCUCCAGCAAUUCCGUCCGCGGGAUAAGAGUACCCCGCCGGUGGUUUUCCAUCUGUUUCCGUGGUUUGGGAGUAUGAUCACCUAUGGUAUCGAUCCCUACAAGUUCUUCUUUGGAAUGCGCGAGAAGUAUGGCAAUGUUUACACCUUCAUCAUGGGCGGACGUAGAAUUACCGUUGCCCUCGGCGUCGACGGCAACGAACUCGUCCUCAACGGCAAACUCUCCCAAGUCUCCGCCGAGGACGCAUACACCCCCCUCACCACCCCCGUCUUCGGCGAGGACGUCGUCUACGACGUCCCCAACCACGUCCUCAUGGAGCAGAAGAAGUUUGUCAAGUUCGGUUUGGGUAUCGAGAACUUCAAAGCGUAUGUCCCGCUCAUCGUAGGUGAAACGAAGAAGUAUUUCGAAUCUUCUCCGUACUUUCAGGCUGGGUCGGGUAAGACAUCUGGUUCUGUCCCCUUGUUGAAGGCUAUGUCCGAGAUCACCAUCUACACCGCUUCGCGUACCCUGCAAGGAAAGGAAGUCCGUGACGCACUCGAUGGCUCUUUCGCCGAUUUGUACCACGACCUCGACCGCGGAUUCACCCCUCUCAACUUCAUGUUCCCUAACUUGCCUCUCCCGUCUUACCGCCGUCGUGACGUCGCUCAGAAGAAGAUGGCGCAGACGUACAUGAACAUCAUCAAGAAGCGUCGCGAGACUGGCGAGACCCCCGAUACCGACAUGAUCUGGUCCCUCAUGAACGCCAAGUACAAGGACGGCCGCGCCCUCACUGACAAAGAAAUCGCACACAUGAUGAUCGCCCUCCUCAUGGCCGGCCAACACACCUCCUCCGCAACCGGAACCUGGGCUCUCCUCCACCUCGGCGCCGACAAGAAACUCCAACAAGACCUCCUCGAAGAACAAAAACGCGUCUGUGGCGAGGAUUUGCCGGAGCUGCAGUAUGAGCAUCUGAAGGAUUUGACACUUUUGAACUAUGUCAUUCGCGAGACGCUCCGCAUGCAUCCUCCUCUUCAUUCCAUUAUGCGUCUCGUUAAGGCCCCCAUCCAGGUCCCCGGCUCGGACAUCAUCAUCCCCGAAGGCCACUUCCUCAUGGCCGCACCCGGCGUCACCGCCGUCGACCCCGCUCACUUCCCCAACCCCAACACCUUCACCGCCGACCGCUGGUCCAAAAAAUCAGCCGACGUCGAUAUCGAGGAAAAAAUCGACUACGGCUAUGGUCUUGUUUCGAAAGGCGCAGCAUCCCCCUACCUCCCAUUCGGCGCGGGCAGACAUAGGUGUAUUGGAGAGCAGUUUGCGUAUGUGCAGUUGGGGACGCUCAUUAGUGCGUUUGUGAGGGAGCUGGAGUGGGAGAGUGUUGUUCCGCCGCCGGAUUAUUCUAGUAUGGUUGUUUUGCCUGCUGGGGGGAGUGAGAUGAGGUGGAAGUUGAGGAAGUGA